ACAUAUCCCCUUCCCAUGGUUCCACGUAAUAAAAUCUUGGAACUUCCCUGGUGAUAAACGAUUCUCGUUUCUUUCCCCACUGCAGCUAUCUUUUCGACAUGUUCCAAGGUAGCGGUGUUCGUCGUCCUGAUGGAACUGUUCCUCGAAUGCGCAUCAAAGCAUUUGCCCACACGAUAGAUGAACGACAUGCGAAUCAAUUGUGGGAGCACCUCAAGAGUGCCAUGAUUGAAAUUCAGAAAAAGAACAGUGGUGGGCUAAGCUAUGAAGAACUAUACCGAAGUGCGUAUACAUUGGUUUUGCAUAAACACGGCGAACGACUCUACGCUGGCACGAAGGACCUGGUUUCUGAACACAUGAUUCGCGUGCGCGAUAGUAUUGUGGAAAAUUUGAACAACAAAUUCCUCACCUACCUGAACUCAUGUUGGACAGAUCACCAGACGGGAAUGGCUAUGAUUCGUGAUAUACUGAUGUACAUGGAUCGUGUGUAUGUGGGUCAAAACAAUCUACCAAGUGUGUACAAGAUGGGGAUGACAGUGUUUUGUAACUACGUCCUCCGAUACUCGGUGAUUCGAGAUCACCUACAGAAAACGUUAUUGGACAUGGUUCACCGUGAACGUCGGGGAGAAGUUAUUUCCCGAUCUCAGAUACGUGAUGCAUGUCAAAUGUUCGUUCAGCUAGGUGUUGGCUCGUUGUCUGUUUACCUUGAAGAUUUUGAACAACCCUUCCUGGAACAGUCCAGAGAUUUCUACCGAGCCGAGAGUGAAAGUUUUCUAAGUGAGAAUACGUCAGCUAUUCUCUAUAUCAAAAAGGUUGAACAACGAAUCGAAGAGGAGAUUAGACGCGCGCAUCACUAUCUGGACCCUUCUACGAAACCCAAAAUUGUGGCAGUCCUUGAAGAGGAAUUGAUCAGCCGUCACAUGGAAACUAUUGUGGGAAUGGAAAAUUCCGGCCUGACUCACAUGCUCACUCAUGACAGGUUUGAAGAUAUUGCUGCCAUGUACAAUGUCCUCAGCCGAGUCGAGGAGGGGCCGAAAAUCAUGAGCCAUUACAUCAGUAUGUAUCUCAGGGAACAAGGACGAAAGAUUGUCCAAGAAUCAGGAGCAUCGUCUUCACAACAGUACAUUCAAGAUUUGCUACAAUUACGUGAUCGAGCAAACGAUUUAUUAGUCCGGGCACUUAAUAAUCAAACCAUAUUCCGAAAUCAAAUCAACUCUGAUUUUGAAUACUUCAUUAAUCUGAAUACACGUUCACCCGAAUUUCUGUCCCUUUUCAUUGACGAGAAGUUGAAACGAGGCACCAAGGGUAUGGCCGAUCAAGACGUCGAUGCUGUAUUCGACAAGUGUAUAGUACUGUUUCGGUAUUUGCAAGAAAAAGAUGUGUUCGAAGGGUACUACAAAAAACAUCUGGCCAAACGAUUAUUGUUGAGCAAGAGUCAGUCGGACGAUCAGGAGAAAAUCAUGAUCUCCAAGCUCAUGGCCGAAUGCGGUGCGGUGUACACCAGCAAGCUUGAGGGGAUGUUUAAAGAUAUGGCCGUCUCCAAGACACUCAUGGAUGAAUUCAAUGCCAUGUUGACCUCCACCAACCGUAAUCUUGGUCUGGAUCUCUACGUGCGCGUUUUGACCACCGGUCUUUGGCCUACACAAAGUGUUAACUGCUGUGUAGCUCUACCGGAAGAGGCAGCAAACGCGUUCGAAGUGUAUAGAAAUUUCUACUUGAGCAAACAUAAUGGCCGCAAAAUCAGCCUUCAGACUAAUAUGGGUUAUGCGGAACUCGCUGCCCUAUUUUUUGGACGGGUCUCCAGUUCGGAUGGUGUUCAAGUUGGCUCUGCUACUACUGGUGCGGGUGCUAGCACUGCACUGAUGGAUCCCAUAAACCCCUCUUUCCUUUUACGCGGUUCAAGUUCCGGAUCUUCAGGACAAGUUAACAGUCAGGGAAGCCAAGGUAUGCUUGUCAGUGGUUUGCCAGGAAGUCCUGGAGCACCGGGAACGCUAGAGCCUGCAACGUUCAAUACUGGACGCGGGAGUUUCAGGAAAUAUUUUCUACAGGUGUCCACGUACCAGAUGGAAAUUCUAAUGAAAUUCAAUCGACGUAGUCGUUACACUUUCGCGGAAUUAAGUAGUGAAACGAACAUUCCUGAACGGGAACUCAAACGAAGUCUGAUGGCCUUGGCGCUUGGAAGAUCGAACCAGCGGAUCCUUUGCAAAGAACCGAAAACCAGAGAAAUUGAACCCAAUGAUGUGUUCUAUGUGAAUGAUUCGUUCGUCUCCAAACAUUUCAAAGUCAAGGUCCAAAGCAUUACUGUAAAGGAGAACGAACCGGAGCGGCAAGAAAUACACACACGUGUUGAUGAGAAUCGACGCUACGUGAUUGAGGCGACGAUUGUCAGAGUGAUGAAAGCUCGCAAGACCUUGGGACAUGGUCAACUGGUCGUUGAGGUAAUUGAACAACUGAAGUCGCGCUUUGUUCCCACUCCGGUGCUGAUCAAACAACGGAUUGAAUCACUUAUCGAGAGGGAAUUCCUUGCGCGCAUGGAAGACGAUCGUCGUGUGUACAAGUAUUUGGCCUAGGCUGUGGAACAGACUUCUUUCUCCACAGCCGUACAGUUGCCUGUUUCUUUCAUAUCCCACAUUCCCAAGUUUUCUCCACCCCCUGAAACAGAAUAUUUUGGCCUUUGAAUUUCAAACCCAACUAGUUAUUUCAAUUGGUACAGUGGAUCUCGACGCCAUAGGCCUCAGAACGAAGUUAGUCCCACUGGUAACCGAGACUGGAUGAGGCGGUUUCUGGUUGCGUACUGGCAGACAGCCAGACCUGUGCAUCACGCAGAUUUCGUUCCGCACUUUCCUGAUAUAACCCUCAUUCCUCAGCUCAGUGCAGACAAACCACCCCCUUCCCAAUACGUUGCGUGAUCUUUUGUGUGCCAUUGACAGGAGUUACAAAGCCAUGUCACUUCCAGUCACCCGGCUUAUCUACCCUACCUCCAUUCAGUUCAACCCUGCUUUGAGUGCUGUUGUUGUAGCCCUUCACUUGCUAUCCCUUAGUUGUGUGUCUGAUUGAUCUGCACACCAUAACUUUACCGGACCCAAUCCGCUCGAUUUUACAUUCUCCUGUGUACAUACUUCUUGUUCGAUCGUCUUCGCUUAUGGCCUCAUACAGCUUCUGUGAACUCUGCUGUUGUAGAGAAAGCUUCCUGUUUAAAGCCAUUCUACACACAUCUCCCCAACUCCGCGUGAGAUGAUCUAUCACACCGACACAAAUCACAAUUGACCAACUGUAGUCUCUUUCCAAUUCCCUCCUGCGUUCUAGUUUUCACCACAGCAUAUCAGAGAGAUGAUGCGUUCGCCACAAACUGAAUCACAAUUGCCAACUGUAGUCUCUUUCCAAUUCCCUCUUGCGUUCUAGUUUUCACCACAGCAUAUCAGAGAGAUGAUGCGUUCGCCACAAACUGAGCAUUUGGCUGUGCCACCCCUGCAUCCCGUCUCUUCUUACCGGCCAACUACACACUCAGUCCACUCGUCCUCAUCCAUUGCCCACCGUAUCUUUUGUCCUUCUUGUUAAUUUGCAUUAACUGUACACAUUGUGGCGGUAUGAACCUGUCUAUCCAACUGGGACGCUUUACUUUUUCCCUUUUUGUUGAUGAACAAGCAUUUUUGCCCCUCUUCAUUUCACAGCGCUCCAAUGUUAUUACCUUUGGCUAGUGGGAGUUGGCG